AUGACACUUUCUGUUCAGUCCCAGAAAUCCUGGAUUGAAGGAGUAUUUGACAAGAGAGAAUGCAACAAAGUGAUACCCAGCUCAAAAGACCCUCACAGGUGUACUGGAGGGUGCCAGGUCUGCCAAAAUUUGAUCAGGUGUUACUGUGGGCGAUUGAUUGGUGACCAUCAUGGAGUAGAUUAUCCCUGGACCAUCUCAGCUGCCAAGAAUGAUGAAAAUGAACAGUGGUCUGUUGAAAAGCACACAACCAAAAGUCCUACAGAUACCUUUGGUACUAUUAAUUUCCAAGAUGGAGAGCACACAUACCAUUCCAAGUAUAUUAGAACUUCUUAUGAUACCAAGCUGGAUCAUCUGUUACAUUUAAUGUUGAAAGAAUGGAAGAUGGAACUGCCAAAGCUGGUGAUCUCUGUCCAUGGGGGUAUCCAGAACUUUAAAAUGCCCUCCAAACUUAAAGAGAUAUUCAGCCAAGGUUUGGUCAAAGCUGCAGAGACAACAGGAGCAUGGAUACUGACCGAAGGCAUUAAUACUGGAGUGUCCAAACAUGUUGGGGAUGCUCUGAAAGCCCAUUCCUCACAGUCCUUGAGAAAAAUCUGGACUGUUGGAAUCCCUCCUUGGGGUGUCAUUGAGAACCAGAGAGAUCUUAUUGGAAAAGAUGUGGUGUGCUUGUACCAGACUCUGAGUAAUCCCCUCAGCAAGCUCACCACGCUCAACAGCAGACACUCACACUUCAUUCUGUCUGAUGAUGGCACUGUGGGCAAGUACGGCAAUGAAAUGAAGCUCAGGAGGAAUCUGGAAAAAUACCUGUCCCUGCAGAAAAUACAUAGCCGUACAAGACAAGGUGUGCCUGUAGUGGGUCUGGUGGUGGAAGGAGGCCCCAAUGUGAUCCUCUCAGUGUGGGAGACUGUGAAGGACAAGGAUCCAGUGGUGGUGUGUGAAGGUACAGGCCGGGCUGCUGACCUCCUGGCCUUCACCCACAAACACUUAGCAGAUGGAGGGACUCUAAGUCCUCAAGUGAAAGAGGAGAUCAUCUGCAUGAUUCAGAACGCUUUCAACUUUAGUCUAAAACAGUCCAAGCACCUCUUGCAAAUCCUGAUGGAGUGUAUGGUGUACAAGGAUUCUAUUACCAUAUUUGACGCUGAUUCUGAGGAGCAGCAAGACUUAGAUUUAGCAAUCCUAACAGCUCUGUUGAAAGGCACAAAUUUAUCAGCUUCAGAACAAUUAAAUCUGGCAAUGGCCUGGGAUAGAAUGGACAUUGCCAAGAAAGAGAUUCUAAUUUAUGGACAACAUUGGAAGCCUGGUUCACUGGAUCAAGCAAUGUUGGAUGCUUUAGUGAUGGAUCGGGUAGAUUUUGUGAAACUCUUAAUAGAAUAUGGGGUAAACCUCCAUCGCUUUCUUACCAUCUCACGACUUGAAGAGCUCUAUAAUACUAAACAAGGACCUACUAAUAUGCUCUUAUAUCAUCUUGUCCAAGAUGUAAAACAGAAUACCCUUCUCUCAGGCUAUAGAAUCACGCUGAUUGACAUUGGAUUGGUAAUAGAAUAUCUCAUCGGUGGAGCAUAUCGCAGCAGCUACACCAGGAAAAAUUUCAGAGCCUUGUACAACAACCUGUAUAGAAAACACAAGCCCUCCCUUCACCGGAGACGCCACUCGGGAAGUAGAAAUGAGUCUGCUGAAAGCACACUGCAUUCUCAGUUCAUUAGAACAGCCCAGCCUUACAAACUCAAGGAAAAGUCUGUAGCCCUUCAUAAAUCAAGGAAGAAGUCAAAAGAACAAAACAUAUCAGAGGAUCCUGAGUCUACUGGCUUUCUUUACCCUUAUAAUGACCUGCUAGUUUGGGCUGUGCUCAUGAAAAGGCAGAAGAUGGCCAUGUUCUUCUGGCAACAUGGCGAAGAGGCCACGGUUAAGGCCGUGAUUGCUUGCAAACUCUACCGAGCAAUGGCCCGUGAAGCUAAGGAGAGUAAUAUGGUAGAUGAUGCCUCUGAAGAGUUGAAAAAUUACUCAAAGCAGUUUGGCCAGCUUGCCCUGGAUGUGUUGGAGAAAGCAUUCAAGCAGAAUGAGCGAAUGGCCAUGAAACUGUUGACAUAUGAACUCAAGAACUGGAGCAAUGCUACCUGCUUGAAACUGGCUAUGUCUGGAGCAUUGCGUCCCUUUGUCUCCCAUACUUGUACCCAAAUGCUACUGACCGACAUGUGGAUGGGGUGCCUAAAAUUGAGGAAACAUUCUUGGUUAAAGAUCAUCAUAAGUAUUCUUUUACCACCUACCAUUUUGACACUGGAAUUUAAAAGCAAAGCUGAGAUGUCGCAUAUCCCACAGUCCCAGGACUACCAAUUUACCUGGUAUUACAGUGACCAGAAUGCCAGCAGUACCAAGGAAAAUGCUUGUAUGAAGGAAUAUAGUAACUGUGAUGUGGAAAUGGGCACAGAUGAGAAACUAGAUGAAAACCAACACUUUAAUUUAAAAAGUGGACCCAAAAGCCUGCCGUGGACCAGGAAGGUCUACGAGUUCUACAGUGCUCCGAUUGUCAAGUUUUGGUUUCAUACGAUGGCUUAUUUGGCAUUCCUCAUGCUGUUCACUUACACUGUGUUGGUAGAGAUGCAGCCCCAGCCCAGCAUGCAAGAGUGGCUUGUUAUCAUUUACAUCUUCACCAAUGCCAUUGAGAAAGUCAGGGAGGUCUGUAUUUCGGAGCCUGAGAAGUUUACUCAAAAGGUGAAAGUGUGGACUAGUGAGUACUGGAACCUAAUGGAAACUGUGGCUAUUGUUCUGUUUACAGUUGGUUUUGGCCUUCGGUGGGGCGACCCACCUUUCCACACAGCAGGAAGACUCAUCUACUGCAUAGACAUCAUAUUCUGGUACACUCAGCUCCUGGACUUCCUUGCUGUGAAUCAACAUGCAGGUCCAUAUCUGACCAUGAUUGCAAAAAUGACAGCAAACAUGUUCUACAUUGUGAUCAUGAUGGCCAUUGUUCUACUGAGCUUUGGAGUGGCACGCAAGGCCAUUCUUUCUCCAAAGGAGCCUCCGUCUUGGAAGCUAGCUCGAGAUAUUGUAUUUGAACCAUAUUGGAUGAUAUAUGGGGAAGUCUAUGCAGCAGACAUAGAUGUUUGUGAAAAUGAGAAACCUUGCCCGCCAGGUUCUUUCCUUACUCCGUUGCUUCAGGCUGUCUACCUGUUUGUGCAAUAUAUCAUCAUGGUGAAUCUGCUGAUUGCUUUCUUCAAAUAUGGGCAUGCAUAUAGUGAACUUUAUUUGAGUAAUGAAGAUUUAAAAAAGCUUCAUGACUUUGAAGAACAGUGUGUGGAAAAAUACUUCCAUGAGAAGAUGGAAAACUUAAAUUGUAGUUGUGAGGAACAAAUUCGAGUGACAUCAGGAAGGGUUACGGAGAUGUACUUCCAACUGAAAGAAAUGAAUGAGAAGGUGUCUUUCAUAAAGGACUCCUUACUGUCUUUGGACAGCCAGGUGGGACACCUGCAGGACCUUUCUGCCCUGACUGUGGAUACUUUAAAGGUCCUUUCUGCAGUUGACACCCUGAAAGAGGAUGAGGCUCUCCUGGUCAACAGAAAGCAUUCUACUUGCAGAAAACUUCCCCACAGCUGGAGCAAUGUCAUCUGUGCAGAGGUUCUAGGCAGUACGGAAAUCUCUGGCGAGAAGAAGUACCAGUAUUAUAGCAUGCCUCCUUCUUUGCUGCAAAAACUGGCCAGAAGCCAACAUCCCCCAAGAGUGAAGAGGGAGCAUCUUCUUGAGAUUACAGAUCGUCUGGGACAGGCUCCAAAUGUAAGAGAUAACCAGGAAGAGCAAGAAACAAAAAAUGGUAUAGCUACUUCUGAGGUGUCCCUCAACUGGCAAUUACAUUCAAAGCAUGGCCAAUUUCUCCUGGUCCCUUCUUAUCUAAAGCAAGUUUCUUUUUCUGCAGAAACUGCUUUGUCUAUGUCCAUACCAUCUGAGGAAGCAGGAAAAGAUAUGCUGGCAACUGAACAGGUCAUCAAGAGUGAGGUCCCUGUUCUGAGUUGGCAGACACCAGUUGUCUCAGACCAGAGGUCAGUAGCCGAACCCAAGGAGCAGUACAAGCCAAUCACUCAGGUACCAGCAAAACAAGACAAGGGGGAGCAAAUUCUACCCACUUUGAGUUCCAAACCUACACUCUUGAAAGCAACCUCCCUUCCUUCCCAAAUGGAGAGCAUGCGGACAGCAGGCGGAUUUAUGAACUGGGCAUUUUCAGGAGGUGAUGAAACUGGUGUGUGUAGCGUCAAGAGAAAAUGGCAAACCUGCUCACCCUCCACUUGUAACAGUGACUCAACUCAGAAUGGACCCUGCCAGACGCAAAGCCAGGCCAGAUUCCUAUGUGAGAAUUCAACAAGAUUGGCUCAAUGUAGUGAUAGCUCAGAGGUGGGACCAUGGUUCCAGCCAAACUCUUCCUUUUGGAUCAAUCCUCUCCGCAGAAGCAGGUCCUUCAUUAGGAGUCAUAGUUUUAGAUUCCACAAGGAAGAGAAAUUGAUAAAGACCUGUAAAAUUAAAAAUCUCUCACAAUCCUCUGAAAUAGGGCCAUCAGCAUGGAUCAAAGCAAAAAUUCUAUCCAAAGACAGGAAAUUGUCAAAGAAAAAGAAGAAAGCACAAAGACUGCAGGUGCCAGCUAGCUGCACUCCUUAUGGAUUUUUUUCCCAGUACAUAAUCAUUACGGGAGAAAAUACAAUCACUACUUCCUACAGUUUGGAACCUUAUAUAUAUCAGAAAAUGAAAAGUAAAGAAAUUGAACGACAUGCUGUGCAAGUUAGUAAUUACCUAAAGCAGUCUCAAGAGGAUCUGAGCAAAAACUCUUGGUGGAAUUCCAGGGGCAAAAACCUCCACAGGAACUCCUUGUUGAGAAGUUCAAAUGGAGUUGACAAAAUCUCAGCUUCCUUAAAAAGCCCUCAAGAGCCUCACCAUCAUUAUUCAGCCAUUGAAAGGAACAAUUUAAUGAGGCUUUCACAGACCAUACCAUUUACACCAAUCCAACUGUUUGCAGGAGAAGAAGUGACUGUCUACAGGCUUGAGGAGAGUUCCCCUUUGAAUCUUGAUAAAAGCAUGUCCUCUUGGUCCCAGCGUGGAAGAGUGGCCAUGAUCCAGGUGUUGUCCCGAGAGGAGAUGGAUGGCGGCCUCCGCAAAGCCAUGAAAGUCAUCAGCACCUGGUCUGAGGAUGACGUUCUCAAGCCCGGACAGGUUUUCAUUGUGAAGUCCUUUCUUCCCGAGGUUGUACAGACAUGGCAUAAAAUCUUCCGGGAGAGUACUGUGCUUCAUCUUUGCCUCAGGGAAAUUCAACAACAAAGAGCUGCUCAGAAACUGAUUUAUACCUUCAACCAAGUGAAACCACAAACUAUUCCCUACACACCAAGGUUCCUGGAAGUUUUCUUAAUUUACUGCCAUUCAGCUAACCAAUGGUUGACCAUUGAGAAGUAUAUGACAGGAGAGUUCCGCAAGUACAACAACAACAACGGUGAUGAAAUUGCACCCAACAACAUCUUGGAGGAACUCAUGUUGGCUUUCUCUCACUGGACUUAUGAGUACACCCGAGGAGAGUUGCUGGUUUUAGAUCUGCAAGGUGUUGGAGAAAAUUUGACAGAUCCAUCUGUUAUAAAACCUGAAGAUAAACGAUCAAGAGGAAUGGUAUUUGGACCAGCCAACUUAGGGGAAGAUGCAAUUAGAAACUUCAUUGCAAAACAUCGCUGCAACUCCUGCUGCCGGAAGCUCAGACUCCCGGAUUUAAAAAGAAAUGACUAUAGCCCUGGAAGGAUAAAUUCCACCUUUGGACUUGAGACCAAAAUAGAACCAGCUGAAGGGUUUCCAACAAGGGAAGCAAGACGUGAUUCCCCAGAAGACCUUACACAGCUGUAA